GAGGGCGCUUUCUUCCGGAGCUGGGUCCCUCCUUGAGGGGCCGCGCUGGGGAGGAGAGACUCGGGUGGCGGCGGCUGCAGCGGCGCUGUGCGAGGACUCGGAGCUGACGGGACCGACCCGACGGCAGCGGCAGCGGCUGGCGCGAAGAGGACGAGGGUCCGAGGUGUAAACACGGUCUUGACAUAGUUGCUGACGGAGUUUCAGAAUGUCGGGUACGGUGUCCUCCCGGAUCUUAAGUUCCGCCAGGAAGAGCGUUGCCACGUGGCAAGGGGGCAGACGUUUGUAUUCAAGAUAUGUCCUGCAGAGGAGUCUGAGAGGGAGGUUCUUUUCCCAGGCGCCACCCACCUUACAAAGCAAAUUCCCGGCUGGUGGCUUUGCCCUGCAGAAAGCCUGCAGACACACGUCGACGGAGGAAGAGGAUUUCCACUUGCAGCUCGGCCCCGAGCAGGUAAAUGAAGUGCUUCGGGCCAGCGAGUUGACCCACAAGAUUCUCAACCUCAACAGCGGAGCCCCGAAUUCAGUGUUGCGAUUUGAAAGCAACCAGCUGGCUGCCAAUUCCCCCGUGGAGGACCGGCGAGGCGUGGCCUCCUGCCUGCAGACCGACGGACUGAUGUUCGGGGUCUUCGAUGGACAUGGUGGUCCCGCAUGCGCACAAGCCGUGAGCGAGAGACUCUUCUACUAUGUGGCGGUGUCCCUGAUGUCCUAUCAGACCCUGGAGCAGAUGGAGGGAGCCAUGGAAAACAUGAAGCCCGUGCUACCCAUCCUGCAGUGGCUGAAGCACCCAGGGGACAGCAUCUACAAGAAUGUCACCUCGGUGCACCUCGACCACCUCCGCGUCUACUGGCAGGAACUGCUUGACCUGCACAUGGAAAUGGGACCGAGUAUCGAAGAGGCAUUGAUACACUCCUUCCAAAGACUGGAUUCUGACAUCUCGCUGGAAAUCCAGGCCCCCCUGGAGGACGAGAUGGCCAAGAACUUGUCGCUCCAGGUCGCCUUCUCUGGGGCAACAGCCUGCAUGGCCCACAUCAACGGCCUGCACUUGCAUGUGGCAAACGCCGGUGACUGCCGGGCCAUCCUGGGUGUGCAGGAGGACAACGGCAGGUGGUCUUGUCUGCCCCUUACCCGUGACCACAAUGCCUGGAACGAGGCCGAGCUGUCCCGGCUGAAGAGGGAGCACCCCGAGUCAGAGGGCAGGACGAUCGUCGUAGAUGACAGGCUGCUAGGCAUCCUGCUGCCCUGCAGGGCCUUCGGGGACGUUCAGCUCAAGUGGAGCCCGGAGCUGCAGCGCAGCGUCCUGGGGAGGGGCUUCGACACAGAGGCCCUCAACAUUUACCAGUUCACGCCCCCCCACUACCACACGCCGCCCUACCUGACUGCCAAGCCCGAGGUCACGUACCACAAGCUGAGGCCCCAGGACAAGUUCCUCGUGCUGGCCUCCGAUGGCCUGUGGGACGUGCUGAGCAACGAGGACGUGGUGAGGCUGGUGGUGGGGCACCUGGCCGACGUGGGUCGGCACAAGCCAGACCUGGCCCAGGGACGCACCAACCUGGGGCUCAUGCAGAGUCUGCUGCUGCAGAGGAAAGCCAGCGGGCUCCCUGCGGCCGACCGAAAUGCUGCCACGCAUCUGAUCAGACACGCCCUGGGCAGUAAUGAAUACGGCGAGAUGGAGCCGGAGCGGCUGACGGCCAUGCUGACGCUGCCGGAGGACCUGGCGCGGAUGUACCGGGAUGACAUCACUGUCACUGUGGUCUAUUUUAACUCAGACUCCAUUGAUGCUUAUUACCGGGGCGGUUAAGAGCCUCCCAUCCUACAGCCAAGGCAAGCGUAAAUGCUCUUGAAAAUAUUUUCACGUAUGCUAUAAGCAAGCUGUUCAAACCUUACUGCUCUAAGGGCAGGCAGACGUCGCUUGCUGAAUGAUUGGCCAAUACGAGGAGGUGGAGAAAAGCCUUGAUUGAAAACAAUAGCAGUGGUUCCUUCGCGUUCUGCUUAACUACCCUCUGCAGAGGGCAGGCCUUGGAGGCUGUGUCUUUUGCGUCCUCUCAUAAAGAGGCUCAACGCUGUCAGCCCAGGCCUGUGGAGGGUAAAUUUAAUCAUGAUUCCAAGAAGAAAAACUGCAGGCUCUUCCGAGGCCCAGCUGCAAAAACCUGCAAAUUGGAUCAUUUUCUUGAAUUCAGUCACAUUUCUAGGCAACCAAGUUUUUGUUUUCAUUUUUUUUUUUAAGUCCUAAAGCUUAAGUUUACAACGCAUACCACAGCACACGUGUCUCUGUUGUGACGAUCUCUGUUGUGAUUGUGGACACAUUUUGUGAUACUGCAUUCCAGUUCCAUCUUAGUUUGAUUCCUGCUGCUUGGAGGCAGGCUCACCGCCAGCGUGACUGGGCCUGGCCCCCCGGGACCAGCUGAAUUCACUUCUACGGCUUUCGGUCCCCUCCACGGAGACCCUCCCCAGAAUCUUUGAGCCAUAGGUAACUUGUGUCUAAGCCUUAACUCUGAACCUCUCUUGCAUUAGUGAACUCUCCUUCCUGACUCACUCUAGGGGUUAUUUAUGGCACCUAACCUUGCUGAUCAUACCUCUCAGACAUCCUCCUGUUCAUUCCCCCUGACGCGUCCUACCUCUGCUCUGCUCUGCUGCUGCCGGCACAGUACGGCCUGGAGAGAAGCCUUCGCCUGUUCCCUCUCCAGACGGUUGCGGGGAAGUUGAUCAGAUGCUCUGGCACGUGGUGGUCCUGACGGGUGUUCAAGGCAGGACAGGUGUACUCGGCGGACGGCAGACUUGAGAGUCAGCCCGAAUCUGGAAAGGGGAAUUCGCGAAGGGCCUCAGAACAGUCCCCGCAGCGGAGGCCUUCUGUCUGCGUCGCGGGAGGCAGUGGGGAGGAGAGAGGAGUGUGGCUUACCAGAUGGGACGCUUGUCGCUAGCCUGGAGAACUGGGCAGUCCCGUUGCUCAGGUAUUACACCGCAUUUAGCCUGCCCAGCUGGGACAAAAACACAAGUGGAACUUAUCGUGGUUUCCGUGGGCCGCAGAGCCUGUGUUUACUUGAACAUUAAGCCACGUGGAGCCUUUCGGGGGUGUGAAUUUCAUCUUAUGAAUUGCUGUGGCAUUGACACAACAGGAAAUGUGUCCCUAAAUGGAAACGCAGCUAUAAUCCCACAGAACCGACAGUGUUGUUUUCCUGUAGCGCAUCAGGAAAAAGUCUUCAGUGUAGUUCAGCGACAUUACUCGAUCCCCUCUCACCACCUCAUGCCACCCGCUGGAAAGAAAAGCAAAAUCGCUCGGUCUGGCUUCCUCAUUUCUGUCUGUGGUGCAGCUGACAGUUCAGGCAAGGGUUGGGAUCCUGCUUGCUUGGGGAUGUUUUUCUGUGCAUUUUCCAGUGCUAUUGUUCAGUGCUGUUGCUUCAGCUAAGAAAUCUCAAGUACUUGAGCUUAAGCCUUGGUCCCUUUGUCCAGCAACCAUUGUGGUUCUUCCAGACCUUAACUGAAAAACAAAACGUGAACCGCUACCAUCUGCUAAUGUGACGGUUUGUUGCUAGAACUGAGAACUCCACUUGUCUGGCAUCUUGCUCUUUGUUCUCUGUGCCAGCUAAGUCCCGGAGUGCCCUCGGAGCCUGUACUGGCGUAGAGUGUCUGCCUUCUCCUUUGAAGUCCAAGUCAUAAAUGUCUCUGAUUCAGUAACUUGUGAGGCAGCUGAGAGAACACAGACUUCACACCUGUGUCUCCGAGCCUAUCUGUGUUUCUUCGCCGCCUGAUAGGUUUCCCUGCUUGCGAGCGGAUGUAAUGGAGAAGAAAGGCCAAAUGAUUGCCCAUCCUUUUCCACUGUGAACUCUCGUUUCUUUCCACGAAUGCUCCAGGGAGCACUCCCUCCCCAUUAGGCUGCAGUGGAUCUGUCUCCUUGACCACGGUUCUGCUGUCGGUGGCCUUCAAUAAGCACGUGGGCUACUGCUUCCAGACACUGAGAUCUGAGAGGAGGCUGGUGGUUCUCAUCAUAUCUUCCAAAGCACUUACUCCUUUUACGUAGAGAUGUCCAUAUCGAGAGUUUUAAAAUGAACUAAAAGCUGAGAUUGAAUGCUUAAUAUUUUAGAUGCAACUUGAAGGAAGCAUGCUUUGGUGCUUAAAAUUGCUUAUUUAUUAUGUUAGGUAAGGAGCUUUGAUAAUAUUGGCAUCAUAUAUGAUCUUAAAUGUAAAUAAGUCUGGGGUCUGGGGAUGGGACAAAAUGGAUAGAGAAGAUGAUAUUAGUCCUAAAUUCAAGUUAGUGUGCCAGAUCCAGUGACGUAAAUUCUACAUUUUGAGAUGAGCUCUGUGACAUCAGAGCUCAUUUACUAUAAACUUGAGGUAUGUUAAUGAAUGUGUUUUCCCAGGCGUGCGUUAGGCCCGGAUCUCUCCGCUGAGACACUAUUGAGUUGGCAGCUUUCACACAGAAGUAAAAACUAAGCAGCUCGAACAUGAGUUAAUUUGGGAAGAGUAUCGUUCUGUGCAACCAAAAAUUGUGCUCAGGGUGGGUUUGGCUUGGCUUUUUGGUUCAUUAGCCCCUGAUGGACCCGUCUGCAAUUGGGAUUUUUGGCUUUUGGGAAGACUUAAUUCCCCGGUUUGAACCAGAGUAUCCUGGAGUGGAGCCACCCCGGCUUCAUCUUGAAGUGGUUCAUUCGUCUCUGGAGCGGUGACUCUUGAGGCCAAGGGCAGCAGGUGCAGCCUGUGGUAUGAGCUGCCGCCGUGUCACCUGGUGGGACCCUUGGAUGCUCAUCUCCUGAGCCCACUGAGGCUCUGCCCCUUGCUCCUUGUGCACCCGAUGUCUAACUUGUCUCCUGAAAAAUAUUUCUGGCCAAGCAUUUUCGUAGAACAUUUAUUAAUUGUGUUCUUUAGUAAUUACUGCCGUUUGUAUGUCUAGAGGUUUACCCAUGUGUGUAUCUGCCACUGAUUUUCUAACCAUUAGAGAUAUUGAAGCGAAGCAUAAAUAAAAGGCCACGUGAAAUGUGCUUUCUCUCAA